GCCAAGCCGCAUACGCACACUACGCACUCCGAAACUCGAAACUAGACACAGAACCAUGGCACCGCCGCGCAAGCGCGUCAAGACCGUAACGGUUGAUGAGAUCAACUUCGACGAUGCAGCGCGAGAGGAGUACCUGACGGGCUUCCACAAACGCAAGCAAGCGCGCAUCAAGGCGGCGCAGGACCUGGCCGCGAAGCGGGAGAAGGAGGAGCGAGUGCAGCAGCGCAAGGAGAUCCGGCAACAGCGCAAAGAAGAUCUGGAGCGGCAUGUCGCGGAAGUCAAUUCGAUGCUGAAGCAGGCGAACCCGGACGCUGACGACGACGACGACGACAAUGAUGACGCAGACGAAUGGGACGGCAUUCAGGAAGAGGAGCAGAUUGUGGACCGUGAGGACGAGUACGUCGACGAAGACAAGUACACAACCGUGACGGUUGAGACGGUGGAUAUCGACCGCGACGGGUUCAGCAAGCGAAAGGCAGCCAAUGAGGCAUCAGACGACGAAGAUGAAGACGAGGAGGAGGCGGAAGUGGACGGAGAUGAGAGUGAUGGGGCGGAGGAGACGGAGAAGAAUGGGGCGAAACCCGCGAAUGGGAAGAGGGUGUGGACAAAGGAGAAGCCCAAGUCCGCCAAAGCCAAGCCCAAGAAGAAAAAGGAGAAGUUCAGGUACGAGAGCAAGGCGGAGAGGAAGUUCACGCGGGAGAAGCAAAAGUCGAAGAAUAGAGCGCAGGCCGAGCGGAGGAAGGGCAAGAAGUGA